GUUUACCAUGGCACGCCUUUCGAAAUGAUGGUACAAGAUGUCGCCAAGCCAGCCAUCCUGAACGAGACGGAUGUCGUUGUGCGGGUGACCACCCGCGCCGUAUGCGGAUCCGACUUGCACAUCUAUCGCGGCUACAUGGGCGGUGCGAUUGGCGACGCCGUGUCCUCCUUCGCCGUUGGGGACUAUGUCAUCAUUCCCGACACCGUGUCUGAGGAUCAUAUGGAGAUGGAGCCGAGGUCGAAGGAAUACUUCGGCUUCGGGAAUAGUGAGAUGGGUCUAGGCGUCUGCAAGAGAGGAUUGCUGACAAGAAGAUGCGCAGCUGAAUACGCGAGGGUCCCUUUCGCUGAAGCCAACCUGAUCCCCAUCCCAUUGACUCACGAAACCGCCAAUUCGACGAUUGAGCGCGACUACCUGACCGUUUCGGACAUCUUCGCUACGGGAUGGGCCGGCAUCGACUACACCGGAUUCGAACCCGGCGAUUCCGUCGCCGUCUUCGGGGCGGGUCCCGUUGGGCUGCUUUCUGCCUACUCGGCCAUUUUACGUGGAGCGUCCAAGGUCUACGUCGUCGACCAUGUGAAGGAGCGCCUGGAUCUCGCCGCUUCCAUCGGCGCCAUCCCGAUCAACUUUGCUGACGACGACCCCGUCGCCCAGAUUCUGGCUAGCGAGCCGAACGGGGUCAUGCGCGCCGUAGACUGUGUUGGCAUGGAGGCGUUGAACUCGAGCCUUGAGAUGGACGAGAGCAUUAUCACACAACAGAUGGUUGACGUGACGCAUUUCAAAGGAGGCAUAGGCCAACUGGGCGUGUAUAGUUCACAGGACGAUUCGCCUGGCGCACC